AUGGGUCUACAUGUGCUGGAGGUGUUUGAGCGCAACCUUCAGAGCCACGAGAUCUCUUUGGAGGGGAGGCUGGCAGCUCUAGCAAACCAAGAAGGAUUUCCCAGGGUGGCUGGUCUCAAGGGCGUGGAUGUCGGACGUCCUUCCAUCGCGGAGGCUUCUGAUGUGGAAGAAGAAUUUGAGGGCUGCCCUACUCUCAUCUUGACGCACAAGGAUUCCGAUGGUGAGGCCAGCAGUACUUCGGAAGGGCGGAGCUAUCUUUCAGGCCGAGGACCCUCACCGAUUGUUGAAGAGCUGGUCGACGAGGAGCCUGAGUUUGUGAACUUUUGGGAGAAUGAUCUUGAGACCAACAGCACCAAGCUGGCACUUGCGAAGCCUUGCGUGAAGCAGGAGCUCCAAGAAACGGCGCCGACGCGUGGCAAUCGUUCAGUUCCUUCACCUGCCGAUUCUGCGGACAAUACAGGGGACUUCGAAGAGUCGAAAGAUCCUGGAAAGCUUGCAGCCCUGGCCCUGUUGCAGCAUGCCAGCGCGAAGGACAUGUCUAUGAUCAAAGGGCUGAAAUCUGAGGACAUCAAGAAGGCAUUCUUCUUGAUUUCGCGUGUUGUCUUCGACAGGAAGGACUCUGGCUGUAGCACGGGCAGAAAAGUGCAACUGCGAAGCGCCAUGGGGAUCGACAUUAUUGCCGGCGGUCGUGUGAAGAACAAGGUUCGCACAGCAAAGACCGACAACCCUUACAUCCUCCUGCUGUGCAAGCUGUACAAGUUCCUUGCUCGCCGGACCGACUCGAAGUUCAACAAGGUGAUAUGCAAGAGGCUCAACAUGUCCGGCCGCAAUCGUCCGCCCCUGUCCCUGUCGAAACUUGCGAAGCAGAUGGCCAACAAGGAAGGCAAGACCGCAGUUGUGGUGGGCACGGUCACCGAUGACAAGCGCUUGUAUGAUGUUCCGUCGAUGUCGGUGUGCGGCCUGCGCUUUACCGAGACCGCCCGUGCUCGCAUCACUAAGGCGGGUGGCGAGUGCAUCACUUUCGACCAGCUGGCCAUGCGCUCCCCAUUGGGCAAGGGCACGGUGCUGCUACGUGGCCCUGUCAAGGGUCGCGAGGCAGAACGCCACUUCGGCAAGGCGCCGGGCGUGCCGAACAGCAAGACUGCGCCACACGUUCGCUCAAAGGGCCGCAAGUUCGAGAAGAGCCGUGGCCGCAGGAAGUCCCGCGGCUUCAAGGUGUAA